CACACACACACAUAUAUGCAGGUGUAUAAAAAGUUAAAAACUAGCAGCUAAUUAUACAAGAUUAACUAUACCAUCUGAUGGGAAGCAAAGAAGCGAAGCUUUUGGGACUAUGGGUUAGCCCAUUUGUCCGGAGGGUUGAGUGGGCUCUGAAACUGAAGGGCGUCGAGUAUGAAUACAUAGAAGAAGAUAUGCACAACAAGAGUCUUCUACUUCUUGAAUUGAACCCAGUCCACAACAAAGUGCCUGUGCUCGUUCAUGACGGAAAGGUGAUCCUCGAAUCCUUUGUAAUUCUCGAGUACAUCGACGAGACAUGGAAAGACUAUCCGUUGCUGCCUCAAGAUCCAUAUGAAAAAGCCACGGCACGUUUUUGGGCCAAGUUUGCUGAAGAAAAGCUUCUUACAGCUGGAUGGAUUGCUCUGUGCUCCGAUGGAGAGGAGAAAGAAAAGGCUGUGAAAUUAUCCAUAGAGGCCUUAGAAAAGAUAGAAGGUGAGCUAAAACUUAAAGAGAACAAGUUCUUUGGAGGAGAAAACAUUGGGUAUUUGGACCUUGCAAUGGGAUGGAUCCCUCACUGGUUGCCUGUCUGGGAGGAAGUUGGGGCCAUGAAGAUUGUGGACCCACUCAAAUUCCCAGCCACCAUUUCAUGGAUGAACAAUUUUCUCAAUCACCCAGUAAUCAAAGACAGCUUACCACCUAGAGAUAAAAUGAUUGUUUAUUUUCAAAGGCGUAGCAAGGAAAGUGAAAUUGUCGCCCGCGUCGUCGCUCAUAUCGCCGCUUCUAGAAAAGGUUGAUUCUCGGGGACUUAGCAAGUCCUUGUACGAAACUUCCGUCACGACUGGUUGCGUCGCUUCUAAGAAAUGUUGAUUCAGAGAACCUUAGCAAGUCCGUGCAUGAAACUCCCAUCAUGACCGGUUGCCUGUAUGUUUUUCCCUACUGAUAUAUUAAAUAAAUCAACCUUAUGUGGCAUUGAUAUGUACUAAAAUGUGUAAUUUUCCCAAUGAUGUAUUUAUGUAUAUCAAUGAUAAGCAUAUGAUCUAUAAUUA